AUGUCCAAGCUCAAGAAGGAUGUGCUGUCUAUCGACGGCAUCUACUACGACACUGAGAAGGUGGCGCUGAUGCACCCUGGCGGUGCGAUGAUGGUGCGCCUCUGCAACGGCCGCGAGUGCACGGCGAUCUUCCUUACCUACCACCGCCGGCGCUUCCCCCACACGCUCUACGAAAAGUACCAGGUGCCAAAGGACCAAGUGCACCCCGACAGCCUAAUCGAGCAACGCCAGCAGCCGAGCUACGACAGUUACCUGGAGCUGUGCAAGAGGAUUCAGCCGAUUAUUGCACCAACCAAGGGUUUUGCUCCGUGGCACUACUACCUGAAGGCGGCCAUCUGGCUAAUGGUGAUGCUCGGCCUCGAUCUCUACUCCCUGUUCUACCGCCGCGCGUACUUGCUGACCGUUCUCCAGUCUCUUUCCAUGGCCAUGGUCGGCCUGAACGUUCAGCACGACGCCAACCACGGGGCACUGAACCGCGACUGGCACGUUAACCGCAUUAUGGGGCUCUCGCAGGAUCUGCUGGGUGGUAGCAGUAUCAGCUGGAUUGUGAACCACGACUACGUUCACCACAUCUACACUAAUGAGCCGGAGCGUGAUGCCGACCUCGAAAUACCGCUGCUCCGCCUGCACAGCGGCAUCCCGGCCAGGCUGGUUUACUGCUUUCAGCAGCUCUACAUCUUCCUUCUCGAGGCCGUCUUCGGUCCGGUGCACGUGCUCUUCAACAUCAUCUUCCUCGCCAAGGGCCCUAGUGAGAAGCAGCGUCUUAUCAAGACACAGUGGGGCGUGAGCCUGUGCAUGCUCUCCAUCAUCCCGUACCGUCUCCUGUGCAACUUCCUGCACGCGACGAGCUUCUGCGACGGUGUGAUGAACUGCAUGCUGCAGUACACGUUUGGCGGCUUCUACCUCGCCUACUUUUUUCUCUUGUCGCAUAACUUCGACGGCGCCAAGAAGGUCGGCACAAGUGACGGGCAGGACUUCGUCGCUUGCCAGGCGGAGACGAGCUGCAACUUUGGUGGCUGGUGGUGGGGUCAGAUAAACGGCGGUCUCAACUUCCAGAUUGAGCACCACCUAUUCCCACGGGUGCACCAUGGUUACUACGCCUACCUGGCGCCGAUUGUGCGCGAGUUCUGCGAGGAGCGUGGCUUCACCUACACCCACUACCGCACGAUUCAGGAGAACGUGAUGAGCACGCUCCGCCACAUGGAGCAGUACGGACGUGGUCAGGAGAAGCAGAAGAGCGCCUAG